AUCGUAUCCACUUUCCGACCUCGACAUGUAUUUCGACUCUGGCCGCCGCGAUGACGUACCGGCCGGACGACCGCGUGCCUAUCCUCUUCAAGCCGGCAGAACCCCAGCGCCGACGUACCACGCAAUUGCUUGCUGUCGGCGUGCUCGUUGUAUUUGCCUUGGCUGUGUAUGUCCCGUCGACUUUGUUUCGCCCCACGAGCGCCGUCACCAAGGUGGCUUCGCUUCGCGAGUCUUUGCCCAUCCUGACCCGCAACCCCAUCAUCGGCAUCCAUGCCCAUCGUGACGCCGAACACGGCGACGACUUCAUCGUGGCAUCGUACUUGAAGUGGGUCGAAAGCGCCGGUGGCCGUGGCGUGCGCAUCCCGUACAACGCGUCCACCGCCGAAUUGGACAAGUUGCUGAAGAGUGUGAAUGGCGUGUUGUUUCCCGGUGGAUCGGGCGACCCGAACGAAGCAGCCGAGUACAUCUACAACAAAGCGAUCGAACUGAACGACAAAGGCGACCACUUUCCUGUUUGGGGCACGUGCCUUGGCUUUGAAUGGCUGGUGCAACUCACGGCUGGAAAUAUGUCGGUGUUGGAUAGCGUCGACGCCGACAAUAUCAGCUCGACGCUCGAGUUUCAGCACAACUACAAGGGAUCGAGUCGAUUGUUUGGGUACAGCCACAUCUUUGACGUGCUCGAGAAGAAGGCGAUCACGGCGAACUUCCACUUUAGCGGGAUCUUGAAGGCCCACUUCGAUGCGACCUCCAAGCUCACGUCGUUCUACAACGUGCUCGCCACGUCCGAUGACAGACAAGGCCGAGCGUACGUGGCGGCGAUGGAGGCCAAGAACUACCCCAUCUACGCCGUGCAAUUCCACCCCGAAAAGAACCCAUACGAGCUUGGCGAUGACAAGACGGGCGGAACCAUGAAUCUUGUCGACCACUCCGAGGAAGCAAUUGUGACUUCUCAAACGUUUGCCCACUUUUUCAUCGGGGAAGCCCGUCGCAACGGCCAUACGUUUGCCGAUCCUGCCGUGGAGCGCGACGCUCUUCUGCUGAACCCGACCUUGUCCAGUCGAUCGUACCCGUACUUUGAGUCGACGCUCGUUUUUCCAGUCGAGCCUUAACCACUUAAAUGGGAUUAGCGGCCGAUCGCAUGCGAUCUCCUUCAACUUGCUCCCACGCCGAG